GGCCUCCUCUACGUUCCUUCUCUAACAACUUCCACUUCUCUCUACCCCUGCAACCUCCUCCGUUCCUUGAGCUAUCCGCUUAUACCGCAUGUCGACUACCUUUGUGCCUUUAAAGCUAUUGGCAUAAGCUCUCGCUGCCAUUGUAGCAGCGGGUUUGAGCCCAAAGCAUGGGGAGCAGAGAAGAAGAUGGUGUUCUUGUGGGGAGAGUCGAGAUCGAUACCAGUGCGCCGUUUCGGUCCGUGAAGGAGGCUGUCAUGCUCUUCGGAGAAAGGAUGUUAGCCGGCGAGGUCUACGCAAGCCGGCUUGACGAGAUUCGUGCUCCAGCAAACAGUAAUGAGAUCGAACGCUCACGCAUGGGAUCCAUAGUUGCUGAGUUAGAAGAGACGAGACAGAAUUUGGAGAAGGCCAACGAGGAAAGGCAGGAGAUGCUAAAUCGCCUCUCCUCCCUCGGGGAAGAGCUCGAGAAGACGAAGAUGGAGAUCAAACGGCUGAAAGCCGGGGAGAGCGAGAAGAGGGUUAGAGAUAUAGAGAUCGAGGACGUUAAGUUCGUCGAAAACGCAGGCGAAGUCGAGGUGGCGGCAUCGCUACUCGGCAACCAUCAUCAGGUGGUGGAGUUACAGAAGAAACGGUACGUCACAUUUGCGGAUCCUCCUUCCCUGGCUCCAGUGCUGGUGAAUGCAGAGGAGCAGAUGCUGGAAAGGCAAGUUUCGGUGGACAAGGAAAGCACCCCUGUGACGAAGAAGACGACGAAAAAGAAGCCAUUGCUGCCUUUGAUUGCAGCACUUUUCGCAAAGAAGAAGGAUCAUCAAGAUGGUGCGGUCCGAAGAGGUCGUGGAUUGUAAGACUCGUUGAAAUAACAAGAGAACGCAUUCUCUUCAUGAUCACGCAAUGGUUCGUUCGAUCAUCGUGAAAGAUACACGUUUCCAGUGUUUAAUAUCGGGCCAUCAUGCACAUCGUAGAGAACCGGUGCAGCAAUGUAAUACUAUGAA